AUGGAAAUCUUCUUUGGAUUGGAUAAUCCUUCCAAACCCGUCCAGAAAAGUGACGACAACAAUGAGUCCCCGAGCAGUCCACGUCAUCGCAAGGUGUCUGCAAGAUGGGUCCCAGAUGAAGGAUGCAAGCCCUUUAUCGAUGAAGCUCCCGUUUUUUAUCCAACCGAGGAGGAAUUCCAAGACACGCUCAAUUAUAUAGCGACCAUACGCCCAAAAGCCGAAGCCUAUGGCAUCUGUAAAAUCGUGCCUCCUGAGUCUUGGAAGCCUCCUUGCCCUUUAAAAGAGAAGAAUUUUUGGGAAAAUCAGAAAUUCUCGACUCGAAUCCAACAAGUGGACCUCCUCCAGAACCGAGAGCCCAUGCGAAAAAAAACACAGAAAAAGAGAAAAAGAAGAAAGCAGUUCAACACAAGGCCCAGAAGGCGGGCCCGCCGGGAAAGCCCGGAAUCUAAUUGCGAGGACAAGUUUGGUUUUCAGUCGGGAUCGGAUUUUACUCUUGGGGAGUUCGAGAGAUAUGCUGAGGAGUUUAAGGAAUCAUAUUUCGAGGGGAUGGGAAAAAACGGUGGUGAUAAUGUUGAGAAGAAGUGGAGGCCUUCGGUCGAUGAAAUCGAAGCCGAGUAUUGGCGGAUUAUCGAGCAGCCUACAGAUGAAGUUGAGGUCUACUAUGGGGCUGAUUUGGAAACUGGGAUGCUCGGGAGUGGAUUUCUCAAAGGCUCGGAUUUGUCGGGGGAGUCUAAGAUAGAUGAGUACAUUAAAUCCGGCUGGAAUUUGAAUAAUUUGCCACGUCUUCCGGGUUCUGUGUUGAAUUUCGAAGAGUGCAACAUCUCGGGGGUUGUUGUACCGUGGCUUUAUAUAGGAAUGUGCUUCUCGUCGUUUUGUUGGCAUGUCGAGGACCAUCAUCUCUACUCACUGAACUAUUUGCAUUGGGGGGACUCGAAAAUUUGGUACGGCGUGCCCGGAAAUUGUGCGACCUCAUUAGAGAAUGCCAUGAAGAAGCACAUGCCGGAUCUAUUUGAAGAAAAUCCCGAUUUACUUAACGAAUUGGUUACGCAGUUGUCACCUUCAGUUCUGAAAUUAGAAAAUGUGCCGGUUUUUAGAGCUGUCCAGAAUUCGGGGGAGUUUGUUCUCACCUUCCCGAGGGCUUACCAUGCGGGAUUCAACUGCGGCUUUAAUUGUGCCGAGGCUGUAAAUGUGGCGCCCGUUGAUUGGCUACAGCAUGGACAAAGCGCAGUUGAGCUGUACAGCUCACAACGUCGAAAGACAUCAAUAUCACACGAUAAGUUGCUUUUGGCUGCUGCCCGAAAAGCCAUCCGAGCCAUCUGGCAAGAGAAAAGAAUGGAGCGGCUUAAGGGGAUUCAGAUCAAGAAGAUGGAGAAAGAUUUCGAUCUCAACACCGAACGAGAAUGCUUUUCUUGCUUUUACGAUUUGCAUCUAUUUUCCGUGAGCUGCUCCAAUUGCUCGUCGAACAAGUUUGCUUGUCUAAAGCACUCGAAUCGUAUUUCUUGUUGUGAUCAAGAGGACAAAGUAAUCCUUGUUAGGCACACAAUAGACGAGUUGAACACAUUGGUUAAGGCCUUGGAAGGGUGCACUGAUGCACUCGAGAUAUGGGCUUCGAAAGAUGAUGAUAAGGCCUCUUUAGGUUCGAGUAGCAAGUUGUUCGGGUUUGAUCUUUUACCGAAUAUCUCACCGAAAAAUGAAUGCUUGGAGGAUUCGGAGGAAGAUAAAGUCUUGAAAGUCGAUUUGGAUUGUGAGCAGAGAUGUGUGGAGCCCGUUAGUUUCGGUUCUGUUGUUCAUGGGAAAUUGUGGUGUAACAAGGAUGCAAUAUUUCCUAAAGGAUACAAAAGCCGAGUGAAGUUCUUCAACAUUCGUGACCCUUUAGAUAAGACUCAUUACACGUCGGAAAUCAUGGAUGGUGGGCUCUUAGGUCCUUUAUUCAAGGUUACUCUGGAAGAGAAACCAAACGAGACCUUUGUGAACGGCUCGGCAGGCCAAUGCUGGGAAAUGGUGCUACUGAGACUUAAUGAAGAAAUAGCGAAGCAAAAGCUUUUCGGCAAGCAAGGACUUCCUCCUCUGCAGCCCUCAACUAGCAUCAACGGGCUCGAAAUGUUUGGUUUUCAUUCUCUGCCAAUUAUUCAGGCAAUCGAGGCACUCGACCCACAUCACAAGUGCUCUGAAUAUUGGGAAAACAAGCUUGUAAACAAGAAGUUUUCGUCAAGUUCGGGCAAUAAUAAUAUACCAUCCAAUCAAAAGAGUUCUUGUGAGACAAGGUCGGAUGAAGGGGAAAUAACAGAUAGUUUUGAAGGAAACAACUUGUUGGGCAGUGGAAAUUCAUUAACCGAGGAUGGAAUUAGGUUUGCGUUGAGAAGUCUCAUGAGCAAAGCUAAUUGUGAGGAGAUGGAAAUAAUGCACACGAUACUGUGCAGAGGGUCGAAGAGUCCCUUGUGGAGGGUAGCAGUUGAGACGGUUACAGAAGAGAUUAAACGAACACAAAAAUGA